AUGGGGAAACAGGCAGCCUGUCAGAGGCGCCAGGGCCGAGGGCGGCAGGUGAGCAGCCCUCCAGAAGCUUACGCUCCUUUCCUGCUGCGCAACGUGGGGGAGCCGCCGGCGGCGGGCAGCGCCCAGCUCCAGCGCCUGGUGUCCCUCUCCAUGGUCUGGGCCAACCACGUCUUCCUGGGCUGCCGGUACCCGCCGCAGGUCAUGGAGAAGGCGCUGGAAAUGGCCGAAGGCAUCCAAGUGACCGGCGCGCCUGUCCGCACCACGAGAGAUGAACUGGUUGCCAAGGUGAAGAAAAGAGGCAUAUCAAGUAGCAAUGAAGGGGUAGAGGAGCCCUCCAAGAAGCGAGCUGUUGAGAGAAGCAAAGAUUCUAAGGAUACUGGAAAGGAUGUGAAAACAACCAAGGCAGAAGCCCCAAAGGAAACAGAGAGCACAUUGCCAAAAAAGCAGGAAAAAGAUACUAGCAAAGAUCCAGAAAGCUCCCAGUCAAUUUGCAGUUCAAAUCAAGAAAUGGUCACAGCAUCAGGCAUAGAAACAGAAGGAAAACCUGCUAAUGCCGAAAAUACUACUGAGCAAAAUCCAUCUUCAUCUGAAAAAGAGUCGGGAGAGAAGCCUUGCUCAAAUCCACCUAAGGAAAGCAAGUGUGAAAAUGUGCCGUCACCUGAAAAGAAAACUACAGUAAGUGCAGUGCCGCCGGCUGCCAAGAGCACCCCGCAGGCAGAGGCGGUGGCAGCGGUGGUGCCGCUGGCUGCCAAGAGCACCCCGCAGGCAGCAGUGGUGGCAGCGGCGAGCCCCCCACGGGCAGCAGCGGUGCCACCGACCACCAAGAGCACCCCGCAGGCAGCCGUGGUGCCACCAGCUGCCAAGAGCACCCCGCAAACAAGUGCUACGUUGCUGUCUUCCAAAAACCAAGCGAGUGCCCCAGCAUCAGUAUCUAAGAGCGGCGCUCAGGCGGGCACCUCGCUGCUCCUGGCCCCCAAAAGCGGUGCUCAGGCAGGCACCUCGCUGCUCCUGGCCCCCAAAAGCAGCGCUCAGGCGGGCACCUCGCUGCUCCUGGCCUCCAAGGGCACUGCCAAGGCAGGCUCCUCGCUCCUGGCCUCCAAGAGCAGUGCCGAGGUGGCUGCCUCGUUGCUGGCCGCUCGGAGCGGCGCUCAGCAGGGAUCCUCACUGCUGACUUCCAAGAGCAGCGCUCAGGUGGCUGCUUCGCUGCUGGCCACUCGGAGCGGUGCUCAGCAAGGUCCUUCGUCACUGGCCUCCCGGGGUGGAGCUCAGGCAGGUGCUUCCCUGCUGGCCUCCAAGGGUGGCACGCAGGCGGGUUCACCACAGCUUGCUUCCAAGAGUGGCUCGCAGGCAGGUGAAAGCCCUGCUAAGGCUUUGUGCAAACCGUUAACCAGCGAAGAUGCAAAGGAAAGGCAGCCUUUUUUCAACAGACUAUACAAAGCCGUAGCCUGGAAACUGGUUGCUGUUGGAGGCUUCAGUCCUAACGUAAAUCACGCAGAACUUCUUAACUCAUCUAUUCAGUCUGUAAAAGCUACGUUGGAUGUUGCUUUUGUUCCCCUGAAGGAACUUGCAGACUUGCCUCAAAAUAAGAGCUCUCUAGAAAAUAUAGUUUGUGAACUGAGGUGCAAGUCUGUCUACUUGGGUACUGGCUGUGGUAAAAGUAUGGAAAAUGCCAAAGCGGUUGCUUCAAGAGAAGCUUUGAAAUUAUUCCUCAAGAAGAAAGUUAUUGUGAAGAUAUGUAAAAGAAAAUACAAAGGUAGUGAAAUUGAAGAUUUGGUACUUCUGGAUGAAGAAUCGAAACCUUCGAAUUUACCUCCAGCUUUAAGAAAUCCUCGUGAGAUCUUGUAG